AUGGCAUCGGCGCCAACAACAGCUCCCUAUCCGACCUCCCAUUUGCUUCCCGACCUGUCGAAAGCCUACAUCGGCGCCGCACUCGAUCCUCGCACCAUCGCGGCCAUCUCCUCCUCGUCCAACUCUUCCGGAUCGGCCAAUUCGCGGCCCAGAGCGGAUCCCUCCAACAUGACGUCCUCUGCGUCCUCGUCCUCGCAACCUUACCGAGACGCUUACAAGGAGUACAACAAGUUCUCAUCAGCGUACAGCAAGCGCGUCGGAACCGCGUCUACAGCCAACAACUCGCGCACCGCCUUGAUAUCUGGUAACAAUGCACAAGCACGCAUGCCAUCUUACGCCGGCGCAUCACCACAACGCACCGUCGGGCAGGUGCAGAGUCGCGUCUAUGGUCUCACACCAGAUCUGCGCGACCCCACCUCUUCCACCGCCAACUCUCCAGCCGUCGAUGAUGCCACCCACAUGGCGCGCCUGCUCAACGACCAAAAACCCAACUUCAGUGUCGAAGUGUUCGCCUCGGACUUCGAUCACCGUGGCUACCCCGUCAUCGCCGGUCGUGGCGCCACUGUGCGCGGUGUAGUUCGAAUGUCCGCCGCAACCGGCUGCGACGUCAAGAUGACCAUCUCGGCGCACACCACCUCGGGCGCACCCGCAGCAACAUGGCAAGGCAUCGCCUUGGCGCCUUUCUCUGCCAGCGGCGAGAAAGCCGUCUUCGAGAUCGAGGACCAUCUCGUGGCCAAUCACGACCUCGCCCGCCCACGUUCGACCUAUGCGCCCAAGAACGAGGACACGUUGGAGGCUGCACAGGUGUCGGACGACGACAUGGUGCUGCCCAUUCCCUUCUCGGUGCAAUUGCCAUUGGGCAAGGCGACACGCUUCAUCGAUGGCGAAAUGCAGGCCGUACCUGUAGCGCUUCCUCCCAGUUUCGAGAUCAGUUCCAAGCAUGCAGCACAGGAAAGGAGAGAAGUUCGAUUGGCCACCAAGGGCAAGGCGAAGCUGCCUGCGGCCAAGGAGCUCCUCGAAAAGGGCUUCGAGAAAGUUUACCGCAUCGGGUGCUACUAUCAAGUCACAUGGACGCUCCUCCGUCCCAACAACGACAAGUCGAAAAAGUCGUCCAGCAAGUCGGCAAAGGAGCCUGUCGAGGGAGACUCGCUCACUUUGCCUUUCAUCUUCCUUGGCGAGCCUACCUCGAUCCCGCCACACCCUCCCACAUUGCCAUCUAUCAUCAGCCCGGAUGUCUUUCUGGACCAGAACACAACAUUGGGCGAUCAGUGGACCGUGCACCGAUCGCAGGCCAAGUGGUCCGGCUCGCUGCUAAAAGCGCCCAAGAAGACGGUCGACCUGGAACUUCACCUGCCCAACCCGCCUGUACUGCAAGCGCCCUCGGUCCUGCCCGUCAUGAUCGUGCUUCGUCCCACCGACCCAACGUUGCUGUCGCAGGUGCGCACACGAGCGCCCAGCGAGACCUCAACCGCACCAGGAUCGCCUGCCGUCGGACACGUCGAUGAUCCGAUGGAGACGCUCUCCUCGCCCGAUCUGUCCGUAGUAGGCUCGCCAAUGACUGCCUCGUCGCCGCCUUCAAAGGAGCGCGAUAUCGACUCGGACUCCAUCACCACCACACGCAGCAUCAUGUCGAGAUUCCUCAAAUCUUCUCAGAGCUCGAGUCGACUGUCCGGAUCCACCGCGCGCAAGGGCCCUUCGAGCAUCUUCAGCGGUCGACGCCCGAACACGGCACCCAGCUCCCACGGCAGUGGAGAGACGAGCGUCUCCAACGCCUUGACCGACCGCACGUUUGUAGCUGGGGGCGCUCUGCCCAACUUGGUCAGUCUCGUGUGUCUGUCGCUGAUCCAGACCACGUUCAGCAGCAACGACAACAUCAACGAUGCGCCCGAGCAUCGCAGGAAGCUGCUCUCCGUGGCGGACCUGGAGGAGGUGGACGUGCACGGAUUGCUUCUCAGCUCCGAUGGCUCCGGCUCCGGCAGUCAGGCUGGAUCUCGACCUGGCUCGAGUCGAUCGCCCGAGCAGAUGGCGCACAUCAACGAAGCGGCUGCAGCAGCCAAAGCGGCAGGCGUUCGUGUCUUGGUGGGCUCGCUCAAGGUGGCAGGCACCACUCCUCCCGGCUUCCGUUGCCAUGGUCUCGAGGUCAAGUACGCACUCAAGGUGGAUCUGCUCCCCGCAAACCGAUCCGGUGGCAGCGAGGGAGUCGAAAAGGCGAUGCGCGGUCUGGGACUGCACAACCGCAGCCGCAAUUGGUCGGACGGGGUCAGCACGACGGCGUCGAUGCACACGCAGACGCAGUUCACGUCGAUCUCCAAUGACGGCCUCAGUCCGCCUCCGACGCCGCCCAACGUCGCGACAUCGUUGUUUGGCGAGCGUGGUCCCGCGAAUCGAGCGCUCUCGCGGACCACGGGCAGCCGCAACACCUCGCCCUUGAGCGGCAAUGGCGCUUACCCCAACGCGCAGACUAUCGGCCUGGCCGUCUCGACCGCAGACGAGAGCGCUCUUCCUGCGGAACAGCCGGCUGCGGCGGAAGGCGAGGUGCGUGCGCCGGUCGCACCCUACCCCACCAACACCGCUUCGCCGCCCAUGCCGACGCGUCAGCUGCUCGGCAAAACCGCACCGUCGAUGUACGGAUCCGCGGCGUCAACGCGCAGCGGAUGGGGCGGCAGCGGCCAGUCGGUGUCGGACGCUUCUGGGUUCCAGAGCAGCAUCUACAUGUCCGAAUGGGGCAGGGACCGCAAGACCGUUUCCAAGAUCAACAAGACCAUCGGCGAGAUGUGGCUCGAUAUCAGGGUGGUGCGCGGCUACAAUGCGUACUGA